UUCAGAGAGAAAGGGAGGGUUUAUGGUCAAAGGAGCUUAUCUCAGCGAUUGACCGCUCGUAUAAAUGCCGCCGAUGUCACAGCAGGCACUGUAUUUCUGCAUCGAGCCUCCAAACCAACUACUUUCUCCUUCGUCAACCAUGGGAGUCGCCUACAGUGUUGGAGAGGUUGACCACCUCUACACCUUCUUUGUGCAACGGUCACCGCACAUCUACACGAAAUGCAACAAAAAGCAACGACGACCCAGUUACAUCAUUAGAGAUAAACAUCAGAACCGCUACCUCGUGGUGGAGAAGGACAAGGUGGAUGUGAUUAGCAAGCUGCUCAGCAACUCUUUGAACCCCGCUGCUAACAACUGGGAGAUUAUCACGGUGAAGGACUCCAAACGUCGGCUGAGUCUGUGCAGCUCCGUUGAAUCUGAGGAGCAGGAGUACCAGUUGGAAGUCGACGAUGUUCUUCCUAUUCUGAGUGACCACAGUCAACUGCUCGAUGGCCAUCACCUAGAGAAUCUAGCAGCUCACAUGCCAGCGAGGACGCAGGGCUGUCCUUGGCAUCUGGUCUACAGCACGGACGUCCAUGGCAUGAGUCUGAAGACUCUGUACAGGAACAUGGCUGGACUAGAAAGCCCAGUGCUCCUCAUCAUCAAAGACAUGAACAAUAAGGUGUUUGGCGCCUUUUCUUCACAUCCAUUUAAAGUCAGUCGAAACUGCUACGGCACAGGAGAAACCUUCCUGUUCAGCUUCAGCCCUGAGUUCAAGGCAUACAGAUGGAGUGGGGAGAACUCCUACUUUGUGAACGGCCAACUGGAAUCGCUGCAGAUUGGUGCAGGAGGCGGCGGGGGUUUCGGCCUGUGGCUGGAUGCUGAUCUAAACCGUGGUUCCAGCUAUUCCUGUCCCACCUUCCACAAUGCACCUCUGUCCACACAGCAAGACUUCACUGUCCGGAACCUGGAGGUGUGGACUGUGCACAACUGAAACGUGGAAAAACAAAUGCUUAGCAGAAGCCAAUUUGCAGCGUGCAGGUCUCGAACCUCACGUGGUUCCAUUCGGACAGAGUGCUGACUCUCCUCACGUCCGCCGCCUUCUGUGGUGCUGCUCAGAGUCGACUGUCCGAUUAGUCUGCUGUAAUCUGAGCCCGUUCCUACUUCAAGAGAAGCGACGCAAGUCCUUCUGCUUCUGACUCCGUGACAUCCAGCAGCAGCUCGACAGCCCGGGGACAUUCCAAGCUCUAAAAGCUUGUUAUUCCCUCCUUUGGUUGUGUUGGCCAGUGUAAUAAAAAAGUGCAUCACUGUGGGAUGAAAACUGUGUAUGUGAAGAAAGAACAUUCAACAAUGAUGCACGUUUGCAUCAUUUUCAAAAACACGAGUCUGCAGUGCAAGUGUGUGCACACACUCCAUUUUGUGUCUCAGUAACAUAAGACUAAAAUGCAGCAUAUUUUGUUUAAUGUAGAAAUGUGACCAGACAUGAUGUUUGAGUGUUUUCUAUUUGAAAAUGAAAAGUACAGGUGACAACGUCCGAACCGUUCAACUUCAACAGUAAAUCCACGGCUCAUACUGUCAACCUGCAGUUUGAGGAAGAGGUAACGGCGGAUAACUGUUCGCCUCUUUUUCUCCCAGCUGGCCUGUUUGCUUAAACUGAUAAAGGAUUUCAUUGCAUUAUUUAAAAGAAGUGACAUUUCAGAUGCCUUUCCCCAGUGUGUUUGAUGUCGUUUACGUUUAUUUUGUAUGAAUUUAAUCUUCUUUUAAUGAACAGACUACUUGGGCCAGUACUGUUUUUUUUUUUUCCCUCUCUUUUUGUUGUUGUUUUUGUUUGUGUACAAAUCAGAUUUUCCAUGCAUAGCAGUGCUGGCAUUGCCAAUGUUUUGUGGAGGCUUUUCAUUUGCUUGUUCAUUGAUGACAGAUUUAAAGAAUAUUUUGUUAUGAAUAAAUGACACUGUGUUAUAGUCA